CGGUUUAGAUGUAGCGGAGUGCAUGAAGAGAUGGAAGAACUCUCGAGACAAGUACGUUCGUCUCCAUAAAAAACUCGCCACAAGGAGCGGGGAUCCAGGAGGAAAAAAAAUCCCAGCAUUUUAUUUAUUCCUAUCUUGGCUGGCACCUCAUGUCAAACAUCGGCUUACGGAGUCAAACUUUGACGAUAAGGAUGGGACUGAUACCAGCUCAAACUCCACUGGUUUAUCGGAUGUGAGACCUCCAGCCAACAGCGAUGAUGACCAAUUACCAAGUGGUAGCCCCCAUCACCAGCCAUCUCUUCCGUCCCCGCAACUAUCUCUUCCGUCCCCGCAGCCAUCUCUUCCAUCCCCGCAGUCAUCUCUUCCGUCCCCAUCUCUUCCGUCCCCGCAGUCAUCUCUUCCGUCCCCCAGUCCAAGAAUGGCACAAAAAAGGAAGAGAAAAGAAAAAGAUGACUGGGUCCAAGUGCAGGUUGCUCGGUUGGAGGCUCAGUUGGAGGAACGGCGGGUGGAGCUGCAACAGAGACUGUGUCAAGGCAAUGAUGAGAGCGACCGGUUUGGACAAACUGUUGCAGAUAUGCUGCGGAGGGUGCCGGAGGACCACAGAGCGCAGGCAAUGUUCGACGUGUCAAAGAUACUUUUUGAGUGGCAGCAAAAAAAAUAA